UCUUCGGUUCUGCUGCCUGUGUCUUCUCGUUUAUGGUAUACAGUGCUCUAUCAAAGGGGGGAGGAAACCCAGGAAAGGAAAGAAAAAUUAAGAAAAAAUGGCAGCUCUAGCUCGUCUAUCUCGAAAGGUUUUAUGCAGCAGUCUCUCAUCUCCAUCUCGAUCUCUUUCAGCCUUUCGUGGUCUUUCCACUGAAGCGGCGAAAGUGUCAGCGACUGCAAUAUCGACUGAUAGAGUAAAAUGGGACUAUAGAGGGCAAAGGAAAAUAAUCCCGUUAGGGCAAUGGCUUCCCAAGAUUGCCGUCGAUGCGUACGUCGCCCCAAAUGUUGUUCUCGCUGGCCAAGUCACGGUUGGCGACGGAUCUUCCGUUUGGAACGGAUCGGUUCUUCGUGGUGAUCUCAACAAAAUUACUAUUGGGUUCUGCUCCAAUGUGCAGGAGCGCUGCGUUCUCCACGCCGCUUGGUCGUCUCCCACAGGACUGCCAGCAGAAACAACUAUUGAAAGAUUUGUGACAAUUGGAGCUUAUAGUCUUUUACGGUCCUGCACAAUUGAGCCAGAGUGUAUCAUCGGGCAGCACUCCAUACUCAUGGAAGGCUCAUUGGUGGAGACACAUUCUAUCCUUGAAGCUGGUUCCGUACUUCCCCCAGGCAGGAGAAUUCCAACUGGUGAACUGUGGGCUGGGAACCCUGCUAGGUUUGUUAGAAGUCUGACCCAUGAAGAGACCUUGGAGAUUCCUAAACUCGCAGUCGCAAUCAAUGAUCUGAGCAAAAGCCACUUUUCAGAGUUCCUUCCUUAUUCUACAGCGUAUUUAGAAGUUGAGAAGCUAAAGAAGUCUUUUGGGAUCUCUAUCUGAAGGUUUUUUUUGUUUGGCUUUGUGUAGACUUGAGUUAGAGGUGCCUUUCGAGGAAAUAAAGGUCUUCAAGACUUGCUAUUCAAACUUUUGAAUUUUUUUACUUUUG